CAUAGUCGCUGACUGAUGACGUAAAAGAAGGAAGUUUUUAAUUAUUUAUUUUUUAAACCUUUCGCUAAACAAAAAUUUUCGAAAUGAGCCGAAUAUAUGAUAACGCAGCCUUACGAAACAAACCUGUUCAUAACGAGAAAGUGUCUUGUUCCUGGGAGCCUUCCGUAUAUCAGAGUGGCGCCGGAGUGAUUUUAGAGGGAACGUUUGUUGAUGUGUCUCGCCAUGCAGUUACUGACAUCAACAAUAAAAAGGUGCGCUACAAUGCCCUGUAUGUCAAGCCAAGUCGAAUCCACUACAGAAAGUAUGACUCAAAGGGCAACGAGAUUGAGCCUAACUUUAGUGAAACCAGGAAAGUCAACACUGGUUAUCUUAUGUCAUCCUACAAACAGGAUGCUAAAGGCGAAUCUGAUCGUCUAACUGAAGAGCAGCUCAAGGGCAUUGUGAACAAAAAGGAACUACUUAGUAUAACACAGAAGCACUGUCCUAACCAAGCCUUUGCAUUCUGGAUCUUGGAGGCUGAACUGGAGAAGACAGAGUUGGAGAUCGGGCAGGAUAUCCGUUUAAAGACUAGGGGAGAUGGCCCUUUUAUCUUCUCCUUUGCCAAGGUGGAUGCUGGCACAGUAACAAAGUGCAAUUUUGCAGGAGAUGAGGCAGCUGGAAAAUCAUGGACAGACAAAAUAAUGGCAAACAAAGCAGACGCACCAAGUAAAGUAAAACCAUCCGAACUGGGGGAAGGGGUAGAGGAGGAUGAGUGGGAUGACUGACCAGUCCAUGGAGUACAUGGUGGAAAGUUGCAGCAAGCAACUUUUUCUCAACCGGACAUUUAAAAAUAAUAUACAUAUAUAUGGGUUAAAUAUACCUAAAUACCCCCAAAUGCUUUAUACUUACUUUAUACAGUAACCUCUUAUGUUCUGUUUUUAUGUAUAAUAAUAAUAAUAAUAAUAAUAAAUGACAUUUUAUUAAUAAUAGAG